CCGGCACGGCCGCCCGCUAUAACAGCGCUAUGCCCGCCGCGGGCGGCGGCUCACACGGCGCCGGCGAAGCCUCGGCGAUGCCGCCGCUCCUCCUCCUCCUCGUUCUCCCCCGCCGCCGCCUCCUCCUCCCCCGCCAGCCGCCGCCGUGCCGGCUGUGAGCCGCGGGGCCGCGCAUGCCGCGGGGCUCCCGAGAGGGCCCCCAUCGCCCGGGGAGCCCCGGCCCCAUGGAGUGCUACUACAUCGUCAUCAGCUCGGCGCACCUCAGCAACGGCCACUUUCGCAACAUCAAGGGAGUUUUCCGAGGCCCCCUCAGCAAGAACGGGGACAAAACUCUGGAUUAUGCUGAAAAGAAAAACACGAUAGCAAAAGCCCUGGAAGAUCUGAAAGCCAACUUCUACUGUGCACUCUGUGACAAGCAGUACUAUAAACACCAGGAGUUUGACAAUCACAUCAACUCAUACGAUCACGCUCACAAGCAGAGACUCAAGGAAUUGAAGCAGAGGGAGUUUGCUCGAAAUGUAGCAUCAAAGUCGAGGAAGGAUGAAAGGAAACAGGAAAAGGCCCUUCAACGUUUGCACAAGUUAGCUGAGCUGAGGAAAGUGACAACGUGUGCUCCUGGAAGUGGACCUAUGUUCAAAUCCACAACAGUGACUGUGCGGGAUAAUUCCACUGAUAUCCCACAAAGCACUGCUAUAGAUUCUUCCAGCAAACAAGAUUUCAGCUGUACGCUGAUGCACAAUACGCAGAAUUGCAAAGAUGCUACUUCAGGUAUUUCUUCCACUCCUGAAAAUGCAUGCAGUAAUACAUCCAGAACUAACAAAUUUGGAGAUCAAGUUCAAGGAGCUCGAGGACAUAGAGUUGGGUUCUCCUUUGCUUUUCCUAAGAAAGCAGUAGUCAAACUGGAAUCUUCAGCUGCUGUUUUCUACGAAUAUAAUGACGAAACAUCUAUGGAGAAUGGACUUAGCAGAAGAAGCAGAUUUUUCCCAGGAGCUUGUAAUCUUCAGUCUCCGUCAGCAACUGAAAUAGUCCUGUGUCCCGAGGAGAAGCAAGACUGUUUGCACCCACUGGUGGAAAGAUGCACUGACACAGCAGAAGAUCCUGAAAAUCAGGAAUCAAAAGAGCUAGCCAGUGAAGAAAACAGAGAGCUAGAGAACCCCACAUUAAUUCCUGCUGUUUCUAAUUCAAAGCAGCUAGUGUCUUCUGACAUGGAGGACUGCAGUACUGAUGCCUGUGCUGUGGAUGUACCGGGUCAAACACUGUCUGUGGCUGUGGACAGUGCUCGAGUUCUGCCCCCAGACUGCAGCAGUUGUGAGCUGCUGGGAAACGGAGCUGUUGCUCAGGCUGCUGUGGAGGAUUGCUCAUCUCUGCAGGACACUGCUGAGGAAAAUGGUAAAGAUGGGAACAGUGACUUAGUUACAGCUGAAACUGAAAUAAAACUGGGGACAGAGACGUUAGUUCCAUCACAUUCUGAAGAUGGCUCGAGAGUCCCCCGGAGCAAACUGGACACACGCAAGAGAUCUUGUGAACCGUUCGUUCCUGUUCUUAGCAAGCACGGAUCAAACAUUCUUCAGUGGCCAUCAGAAAUGCUAACUUACACGAGUACAGACCCAUCCAUUUCUUACAGCUGCAACCCUUUGUAUUUUGAUUUCAGGUCAUCAAAAGCAAGUGAUAGUCAAGAAAAACCCAAGCAUCAGGCAAACGUACCUAAUUUGCACCACACAACUGAAUCCAACCAUAGCUUAGUCUCAGAUUUUACAAAUAAGCCUACUUCAGAAUGUGGUGAUCCUGAAGCAGAAAUAAAUAGAAGUGCAUCUGACUAUACAGUACCCCUUGUAAGUGACGUUUCCCUCAUCAGAAAUUCUGAUCUUGCAAAAAAUGAAAAUAAAGUGGCCUUGGGUGAGUCAUUCAGGAUUAAAAAGCUAGAAAAGUGUCACAUUUCAAAAAAUCACUUACGACAAAAUGCUGUGAUAGGUGAGAAAUAUAACAAAGUUUGGAUCAAAGAAAGUCACGAAAAAUGGCUUCACAAAAGUAGGAAACGGAAAAGGAGAAGAAAAUUGUGUCAUUGUCAUCACCAUCAUUAUCAUCCUUGUGGGGAAGCAACAAUUGCAGAAAUGGAAAUUUCCUCAGUUAUAGAAAAGCAAAUGAGUUACAGAGAUGAAAAUAAACAUCAGCACCUCCAAAACAACCCAGAGAAGUGUAGAUACGAUGCAGGGAAUAUCUGGAUAGCUUCGGAUGAGGUGCAGCAGUCUCAUCAAAAAGCUGAUUCUGAAAAUGGUCAUAAAAGAGUCCUGGCUACAUCAGAUCACCUCCAUGCGAGCAGAGGCAUAUGUGACAUCUGGCAUGCAAAAAGUAGGGACCAACGCAGUGCUUGUAAACCUCUGCAUAGAAAGAGAAAAGCAAGCUCUCGGAGACAGUUGAGGCAGCUGGCUCGAACUUGUAGGAGGCACAGCUGCCUGUGCUCCAAAACCUGUUGUAGCUGGAAAGUCAGGAGGUUGAGCUGCAGCCCAGAGCAUAAAUGUUUAGGGCGCUGCGGUGAAGAAAAGAGUCCAGGCCACCAUCAGUCCAUAAAGAGAGGUUACAGCUGCCUGAUGGAUGAACCGGAAAGCUCCCACAGGAAGCGGAGACAGCACACCUAUUCCUGUUCUUCAGAUGAAAGUUUGUACAGAGAGGCGUGCUUGGCAGAGGAGUAUUUCAGGCAAGUGAGCGUUGUAGGUAUGCAUCACAAGGCAAAAGGAAAACACAGGAGGAGGAAAACUAGAAUCAGUCACGUAUGCAUUGACAAGAAUGAGAGAAGUGAGGCCUCCAGGCCUUGUAAAGAAAACUCUGCAAGUUCCACAUUAGACGUUCUGGGAGAACUCUUGACUCAAGACGACACCGAGGAUACUAUCAUGAAUUCCAAAGCUGAUCUUGCAGAAGAUGCAGAUGAAGCCAUGCAGCUGGAGGAAAACAAGGCAUCUCUGCCAAUGGGUGGUGCACAUGUUCUGGAACAAGACAAGCCAACAGACUGUGCAGCACCAGAGAGCGUGCUGGGCGUGCUUUCGGACGUUGCCACACAUUGUACUGCUUCUGUUCCUGAGCAGGGUGCUCCUGCAGCUGCAAGCACACAAGAUGCUCUGAAGGACGAAAAGAAAAAUGAAAAUGCGAACAGCCAUGAAAGUCAAGCUCGUUAUAAAGCUCCACCGCCCACCAGACAUUUGGACCAGGCUCCCCCAAAGUCAGUCCUUUGCCAUUACGAGUUGGCUGAUUCUCUGCCACAUGAGAAGAUAAAUGAGGUGACCGGUGACUGGGUACAGUGCAACUCAGGCAUAUUUAACAGCCCACCACCCUUGCCAUUCAAAGAAGCACACCUCAACAGCCACACCUUCUUAGCUACGGAGCAGCUGAUAGCUCCCUUUACUCUUCCCGACCAGACGCUGAUAUUCCCUCCAGAUAACCACGAAAAAUUCAAAGACCUCCCAUCCGAGGCAUACCAGCAGCUCGUGCAACAGAACAUGCUGGCCAGCAAGGUGAAGUUUACCCUUCCUCCCCCGGCCAUGCAGCCCCCCAGCUCUCCGUUGCAGCCUCUGCCUUUGCAGCCACCGCUGUGCUCUACCUCGGUCACCACCAUCCACCACACCGUCCUGCAGCAGCACGCCGCCGCCAGCGCGCUCAAGGCCCUCCGGCCCCACCAGCACUUCCUCUCGCAGGUCCCGGCCCUUGCCAGAGCGCCUUUACCUCAUCUGCCCGUAGGGCCCAGGCUUUGCCCCGGGGGCCCCGCAGCCUUCGUGGCCCCGCCGCACCUGCCGCUGGUGCCGCCUUCGGUGCUGCAGCCGGCCCCGCUGGCCUUCUCGCCGCUGCCGCACGCCGUGUUCCCCUCCCUGCUGUCCCCGCACCCGGCCGUCCUGCCGCUGCAGCCCCUCUUCUAGGAUGGGUUCCUGGGGGGCAGGGAGCCUCCAGACAGAUGGACGUGGGGUUCCCAGCACCCGUCGGCUUCGCGAGCGGUCCUGUGAAACAAACUGGUUGAAAUUCCUCUUUCCUUGGGAAGUAUUUACUGUAAGUAUAGUGAUGCAAACAUCCAUGAAAAGCUCCUGUCCCGUGUAAAGACCUAUCCUAUAAGUAAAGCACUGAAUAGUCUGAUACCGAUAUGAACUAUAUAUAUCAGUGAAGCUCAUGUCUUAGAAUAUGUAUAAUGUAUAUAAAAUAUAUUUAUAGAUCUAUAACUUCUGUUGUAAAGUAUUCACUUUUUGUUUUUUUAUCCUUGUGUAUUUGCACCUAUUUAAUGUUUAGACAAAGCUGAUGCACUAUGUUUUGUACUAUGUUCUCUGAAACUGUAAAUCUAGUGACAAACUAUCUCUUGCAAUAAAUUUUUGUUAACUACUUAAGUAUAUAAAAAAUCUUUCAUUAUAAGCCUCACGGAUGUUGUCGCUCUAUGUUCUUCUGCAUCCUCUACCCCUGCUGUGCUGGGAUAAUCGGGUUUCCUAUCUUUCAGUGAUUUAUCACGGAUGCUCAGAGGCUAAUACCUUCAGGGCAGCUGUCUCACUGAGCAAGAGAGAAAGGGUAACAGAUCCGUUUGUGUUAGCAGUUUGAUGUCACUGUGACAAAUUUUGCCUUCUUGUCGUCUUCUUGCACAGACUGCUGACUGUUGGAGCUAAUCCCUUUUCUACUAAACCACAAAAAGGCCGCGUAACGAAAAUAACAUCAGUGGUAGAAGAAAAAAGAAUGGAUCAGCAGUGGUUUGACUUGCAAGGGAAUGUUUCUUAUGAUGAAAACAUGCAGCACAGAGAGCCUUAUUUCCAUCAAACCUUCAGCUGAUCUCCAUUUCUCAUGCCUACUUUUUGCACACGUGCAGGAAGGUCAGGAGAAACUUCUCACUGGGAAUUUUGAAUCUCACCAGGGGGAUGGUUCAGGUUCUUACCUCGUUUCACUCCAUUACCUUCAGCGUUGGGGUAUUAAAAAUAUAUGAGUGACAUAGAAUAGAAAUAAUGAUAACAUGUUGCCGUUAUUUCUGACUGUAUUUCAGAGAAUUCUCCCUACCUCUGAAGCCUUUUUAUUGUUGAUGAAACUCGACUUCAGCCAGAGAAAUCUUCUCAUUCGUGUUACUGUGAGAUAUUUCAGGCCCACACUUGUGAGCAAAAGUGAUUGCGGGGCAGAGCCAGCUCUGUGAGUUAAAAUGAAAUCUAGCCACGUGAGUGAAGCUUAGAAUUUGCAGCAUGACCUUUAGUGCUAGAAGUAGACCCUCCAAAGUAAAAGGUAGGGGCUAGCUCUCAAAUUAAUCACUUCUUUUCACCUUUUAUAUAUUAUAAUGGAAUUAUAUACAGUUGAAUUGAAAUAGUAGUUUUGGAAGAUUAUGAAUAUGCAUCACAUAUUAUCCAUUCAAAAAGUAAUAAUAUAGCCUAAAAGAUAUGUAUCUGGUUAUUAUUUUUUGCAUCUAUAGCAUUAGUACUUACCUAUAUCAAUAUUGAACGUUUUAGUCUAAUAAUGCAUUAAAACUAUAGAAAACAACAUCUUGUCAGCUCUGAUUACAGUGUGGGAUACUCAACUUUUCCUUGUCAUGCCAUUAGAAAGGGCUGAACUACAUGAAUAAACAAAAAGUUGACAAGAGCAGAUGAAUGGUCUGGUCACGGAUUGCUUCUCAUAAAUGCUGCCUGAUGCUGCCACAGAGCAGGAUCUUAGUGGGCAUCCGUGUAUAUAAUGCCAUUAAGAGGAUAAAAUUUCUCCAGCUUGUAAUUUCAAGUGAAUGCCCAUUUCUAGUUAUCUGGUACCUAGAAAUUACGUAAGUGACUUUAUCCUUCUGCUUUAUUUCAAGAGUAAACCUGCCCAAUCUGUAUGUCUCACUGCCUUCUGCAGCAAGCAGGCUGCAUGCAAGCCGCACUGCUCAAGCACCGAAACUUGUAUCUGACGCUUGAAGGUGCCUGCUUGCUGCUCAGGCCCCUGCCUUAUAGCUGACCCACACUGGCUUUUGUAUUCCUGCAUCUUCUGCAGGAGUCAGCAUGGGUAUUCCCCUGGAUCCUGAUGUCCUGUCAAAGACAACAGUCUGAUAACACCCACUGGAUAAAAAGAAACAAUGCAGGACGGUUGUGAUUAUACAUGAUCCCUAUCCCUACAUUUUUAUCUGGCAGAAGAUAAAAGAUAGCAAAUUUCAGAAUUUCAGUUCAUUGAAUAAGUCCCACCUACUAAUUUAGGAGUCAAUGAUUAAAAAAAGCAUUCAAACAGCUUUGUAUCUUACCUUUUCCCAGCAAUUUAAAUUAAAUUUAUUCUAUUUUAAGUUGUUAAAAAUCUUAUAACAUUGCACCAUUAUUUAUUUACUGUAGUUGCUUUCGGUAGUGUAUAAACUUAGAAUAAAAGACUAAUAACCAUCAGAUGCAAUCAUUUGCUAACAUGGUACUGCCUUCAAUUCUAGAGCUGUUAGUAUAGGUGACAUCGUGUGUAAGAGCUAAACCAAUAGAAAAAUAAUUCUCAAGUUAAGUUUAGAAUUGAACACAGUAAUUGAAAGCAAGUAAUAAAGUAUCAUUUUGAGUUGGAAUUGUUAUUAAGUAUUAAACUUACAGUAACUUAAGUAACAGUAGCUUCAUUUUGGCAUUCAUCUGGUAUUUUAAAUUAAAUAUAUGUUUUUUAGCAGUCUAAGUUGUAAGUAAACAUUAUUUCAAAUGAUAAAUAGUUGAAUUUUUGUCAUUCUAAAUAAGCUCCACCAAACUUGCUUAAUUAAUCUACUUUUGAAUUUUCAAG